GCCUUUCUGAUGUUUGCCUCUCACGUAACCACCAGUGAAUUAAGGCUAAAAAGCCUAUUCUUGCCGCAGGAAAGAGGAAUCAUGUGAUGGGAAAAGGUUAUGUUCAAUUGCUUGUCGCCGCUUGUUGACUGACCUACAAGGAAACGAACCACCUGCCAGCCGCGAAAUUUCAAGAUUUUCUCCUUUCGGAUUUUUAGCCGAGUUUUUGCCCACAAAACCACAAGGGCAGCGACCUAAACGAUUAAUCUGAUUUUUUCAUGCGAUUUGCAGCCAUGUUUAUAGGAAAGUAAUCUCUGUUUUGGCGAACAAGAGGAAUUCCCUUUGAAAAUGAGUGAACUGAACAAGGCUGCCUCUAAGGAAGUUAUUAGAAUAAGAGAAGAAGACGCGGUAGAAGAGGAUUUCAAAAUGGAGGAGGAAGAAUCGCCAGGCGGUUCAAAUGAUCAGGACUGCGAACUACACAAGCAACUUAGCCAACAAUCAUCAUCUCCGCCGCAAACUUCGAAACGUAAAGACCGCAUUUCCAUCAAUGUUGGCGGUAUCAGACACGAAACAUAUCGCAGUACACUUAAAAAUAUCCCUGAUACCCGUUUAUCGUGGCUGGCGGACGCUUCGGCGGGUUCUGUAGACUACGACGCCGAUUUAGGAGAGUAUUUUUUCGACCGACAUCCGGGCGUUUUUUCCAAUGUCUUAAACUACUAUCGUACGGGUAAGCUGCACUGUCCGUUAGACGUCUGUGGGCCUUUGUUUGAAGAUGAGUUGAAUUUUUGGGGCAUUGAUGACCAACAAGUUGAAUCAUGUUGCUGGUUAACGUAUCGACAACAUCGAGAUGCACAAGAAACUUUAGCUGCUUUCGAAGGAGUAGAAUUUGACAAUGAUUUUGAUGAUGAUGAGCCACCGGAUUUCUGCAGGUAUGGUUUUGCAUUUGCAGCCGAAGCAGUGCCCGAUACUACAUGGUGGCAGAAAUACCAACCACGAAUUUGGACUUUAAUGGAAGAGCCCUAUUCAUCGAAGCUCGCUAAGGUAAGUGUUAACAAAGAAUGGUGAACCGCUUUUGAUGCUACUAACCUGAAAAAAAAAAAUAAAACCUUUCAAUUUGAGCUUAUUUACGAGGUAAAAAAGUUCACCAAGCGGUACAAUGACAUUUUCAGGUCAUUUUGACGAAACUUUCAAUUUAACUUCCGACCGUGUCAAAUAUGAAUUUAUGCUAUGUAGAUGUCGAAAACGGCACUUUUUUUGCCAUUGUACGCAAAGCUAGAUUGAGUUUACAGCUUGUGAAUGCAACAGUAAAAUUUUUGAGAGUAUUUUGUAAUUGUAGCGAUAACACAAGUUGCAAAGGAAGGUUAAAUUAAAAGCUUAUACCUAAAACGUGAUUUUACUCAUGGAAAGAUACAACCGUAUUAUUACAAGACAUCUAACCUCCGCUCACGAAAUAGAAACGUUAAAAAUUAAACAUAAAAUUUUCUUGGUCUUCAGAAAUUUAAGCGCCGUUCAAAAUGAUUUUUUGAGAGGAAAUACAUUUUGCUUGAAGGUUUAAAGUGUUUACGUUAAUUCUUGUCGAGCGGAGCACGUAGUUAUAAAAUACUAUAAAAAAGGGAUCAACAAAUUGCGGCAUAAAAUCGAGGAAAAAAUCAUCAUCAGAUUUAUUGGAGUCAGCGAAAGACGAAGGUUUCUCCCCCUAGUUCCUACUUUGUGGUUUAUAGGAAAGAGUGGACGAUACAAUGUUGAUUUGUAGGACAGAUAAAUUUCAAAUAUAUCUGUAUCUGAAUUAAUGAUCUAGGGUAGAUUGAAAACGCGAUGCAUUCUAGUAAAAAAUAAUUCCACCUCAACUGAAAUUUUGUUUUUUUGCGUUUUUUCACCUUUGUUAGAUCAAGCUGAGCUCGGAUUUCAGAUGUUUAAAGAUCUGAAGUUUAGACUCAAAUUUUGUGCUGGUUACUCGGUAAACUUUAACCGAAAGCGCUAGAAAUAAAAUAUUUAUGAGUUCUAGCAUUAGAACGAGUGAUUUAUAAGCAUCCUGGCGAGCUACGAAUUCUUUAUAUCCUGAGAAUUAUAGUCUGCUUGAUUUAAUGGUCUAAAAUAUUCCACGUAAUUAGACAGUUUACACAUCUUGAAUAGCACAGUUAGAACCUAGUCAACUGAACUAAGCGAUUCCUUCAAACUUAAGCCAAUUAGAUGUGUAAAAAACCCAGUAAAAUAUGUUUUAACCCCUUUUUUUCUUUUACAUAUUAAGAGAGAGUACAAGUCCUUCCCAGCAUGACUAUUGCUUGAUUAUUGGAGGAAACCAGGAAGGGGUAUAUCAGGAUUUGAAAUCCCCACUUUUGUUUUCAAAAAGGAGGCACCAGUGGGUUUUAAAAUUGCGUUGAAGAAAUACAUUAUCGCUCCGCUCUUCACUUACUCCAGAGCAAGUGCUUUAAUUUCAGAAAACGAUAUGUCGAGCCCUUUAAGGUAUAUUAACUGGAAAACUCCCUCAGUCUAAAAUAUAUUAUGAAAUGUUUGAUGCCGAAAUUUCCGUUAAAUGCUUGCUGCGGACGAGAAUUUUAAUGCAUGUAACGGAUUCGAAGCGUUUGGUCACGAAGAAAUGAUGCGCUAUCACAAAUUCAGAGAGCGUAAUUAUAGUGUUUUGUACUUGAAGUUAUAAUCUAGGUUAUUAUAAGGGCUUAACGCCAUUACGCGUUAAAUUGUCUUGAGUCUAGGUUUUUUUCUCUAGCACUUAGAGUUGAGGUCAGCGAAAUGUGUCAACCGCUUAAGAAGUAAACUUAAUGUUUCUUUUGAUCUAAUAAACACACACGCUGAAAUCAGAAAACAUACAGGAAAUAACCUCACGUGUUGAAAUUUUAAAUCGCCUCACUUACAAACUUGUCCUAAAGUAGAUUAACAAAAUAUUCCGUAACAACGAAAAAAGAAACAUGCAUAAUUAAUCUCAUUCAUCAGUGUAAUUUCUCUCCAAAAUAUAACCACGAAGUCAAUUUUUUCCAUAUACUUUGUGAAUUUUGACAUCGAAGAGCGCAGACCAAGCGGCUGUUAUCCUUUCUGUCUACAUACCGUCUUUGUGUACUUCUGUUUUCUUUAUAUUACAGUCAUUGUUCGUUAUUACCAGCACCGCUGUUGCCGUUGGAGAUAACAAGAACUGUAAACUAAUUUUGCUCGCUGUUUUAAACAAGAGAUUUUGAUUCGAAAUUCUUGGCAAUUUUUUCAAACUGAGCACAGAUGACAUGGCAACUUUUAAGCCGCUGUGAGCCGACUUUUGAAUGUAUUUUUCAGUCUUACAAGAUAUAUUCAUUGUCAUCGGAGCGGUUAAUAACCGCGCUUAUCUUAUUCAUAAUUAAACACAAGACAAACAGUUUAGGUAAUCCAAGCUAAUCCGUUUUUAUAACGUUAGUUUUAUAUUUGCAUUUAGAGAGCAGUAUGGUCUUUAUCCAUUCACACCACAUUAACCAUUUUUCACACAGAAGGGAAAGACUUUUAAGUUAACGGAAGCAAAUUGCUGCGUUGGUUCGGCACCGUCCACGCGAGGUGCGUUUUUCCGCCCGACAUAAGAACGAUGCACCAUAUUAUCUCGUAAAAGAUUUCUGCUCUACUGUGAUAGUAUUUUGGUAUAUACUGCGAAUAGCUUUUGGCCAGAGAAGGCACUUUGUUGAAAACGUAAAACACAAAAAGUGCUUUUUUUCAAAGUUUACUACCUGUUUCGCGCUGAAUUUUGUAAAUUUGACAAUUUUAUAGUCGAAAAUGGCUAAUUUGAAACAAACCGGUGACUUUCCUUAAAGAAUAGAGAAAAAUUUGAAAACCUGAGGAGCUUCAGUGCUGGCUUUGGGGAUUUUAAUAGAACAGACGUUACUUGGCUCUAAUGUGGAUAACAACACUUAUCCAAACGGGCCAGAUUAAAGCAGGUAACAACCUGUUUUGGAGUUGUGCUAGGUAAAAGUAAAGUUUAUUUUAAAACUUCAUCACUAAUAAAAGUACACAAGUCAGGUGGAGGACCGCGUCAUACAGGAUGAAUACAUAUGAAGUCAAAUCGUGGACAAAAUGUUCGACUUGUCGUUUCGUUGUUUCGUCGUUUCUUUGUGUCACUUCUUCGCUUCGAUCCGUCGUCUUGUCGCCCCGGUGUCAACGUUUCUUUACUUCGAUUUGCCACUUGACUCGUCGUUUCGUUUUCGCCUAUUUGACCGCGCUAGCCUGGGAACGAGAAAAGGUAGAAUUCUGCCUUGGAAGCCUCGGAAGUAGUUUACUCUCUAGACUGCAAAACAGUCGGUUUUUUUCUCAAAAUAACACACAAUAUGACGAACUUGUCAAGGGAUGAAGAAUUGAAAACCUACCUUCGCAAGAGUGUACAGCUCAUUUUCAACCGCGUAAACGAACAGUUUGAUAGAAGUGAGCUAUUUAGUCAUUUUAUUAAAAACUGAAUCUUUGGAUAAUGCAAUUCUAGCGUUUUGAUUGGCUUAGCCAUCAUGGUAUAUGAGCAUUAUACAUGCUCUCCAUAUAUGGUCAGUGUACGCGUCAGUUCAAAAUUGGAAGCUAGCUGAGACUUUUUUCGCGAAGGAUAGAAUGACACCCGAAGAAAAUCGUUUUAAUUCUUAGAAUACUAGAAAAUGCGAUUUGAUCGAAAAAAAAAAAACACAAGCAAACAAAAGAGCCACAAGAGUUUGUUUGAAAGUUAAUCGAAAGCUACUAAAGAAGACAAGUAAGCUUAUUGUUUUUUCAUGAUGGCGAAGCCACUCACCGAUCUAUAACUUCAGCCUGUUCAGUGUUCUUUAGCCUUGCGGACACCCCGCUAUAACGGACACCUCAAUAAAACGGACAGCAACUAAAUCCCGAGCGAAAACAAAUCACAGACGUUUGACUGAAAUAAACUCUCGCUAUUACGGACUCUCGCUAGUUUCACGAGCUUUUCAUUUUUUUUUGUUCCCACCGGGUUGGUAAGUUUGUUGCUGAGAGCUCGUCAAUCGUCAACAAUUAUUUGACAAGCUCUCAGAAACAAACUUUGCAACUCGGUGGAAACAUAAAAUAACGAAGAAGCUUGUGAAAGAAUAUAUAUCACUCUGUCAAGAACGUGUGUAAUGAGAUAGCUCACUUCACUCUCACUCUCAUCAAACUGUUUGUUUACGCCCCUGUAAAAGAACUGUACACUCUGGCGGAGGUAGGUUUUCAAUUCUUUAGACCUCAAGUGACGAGUUCGCCACAUUGCCCAAAGACUACCUCUACUUCUACUUCUUCUACUUUGUCUUACUUCAUGUAACUCAGUGAAUUAUACCUGUUCCCGUUCCCAGGCUAGCGCGGUCAAAUAGGCGAACCGAAACGACGAAACAAGACAUCGAAGAGACGAAAAGACGAGACGAGUGACAAAUCGAAACAAGGAAAUGACACGAGGAAAAGGCGUAAUUAAGAACUGGUGGACGAGACGACUGAAGGAAGCAACGAAGUGACACAAAGAAACGACGAAACAACGAAACGAGGAGUCGAACAUGUUGUCCACGAUUUGACUUCAUAUAUACAUACAGCCUUGACGCUUAUUACAGUAAUGAUCUUUUAGAACGGAACAGAUAGUUCACAUGCAUUACAUAUAUGGGGCAACGAGACUAGCAGAGAGAAUGUUAUUUUGUGGGAAUUGAGAUGACGCAUGGAAAUUAAACAGUCAAGAGAUACAGCAGUACAAAAAGUAGAAGGCAGAAAAAUGGCCUAUCAUUUGUAUGAUAGAAUGUAAAACAUUUCAGACCAAUAAAAUCACUCAUGAUUUAAACUCUGAAAGCAAUAUCAGAAAAAGUCGCGUCUUUCACUGUUUAAUUGAUUUCAAGCAUUAUCAGCUCAUGCCUCAAUGGAAGCCAAAAGUAUAGUCUCGUUUUGUGUUUUUGAUCUAAACAAUAAACUAACCACAAAAAAAACACAAGAUGGCCCAUUGGUCUGCAAUUUAUGUCAGUGCCUCAUUGAUAAAUGGCGGGCUCUGUAAAUAUGCGAUCUUUGAUAUGGAGAAUAAGUAGCUCACAAACUUUGCUUUUGUCUCUCUACCUCGCAGGUAAUCGCUUACACAACACUCACGUUGAUAGUCAUAUCUGUGAUUUUGUUUUGUUUGGAGUCGUUAACGUUUUUUCGAGAUGGUAAACCACAGCUCUCACUUGAAAUCCUUGAAGGAAUCUGCGUGGCUUGGUUUACCCUGGAGUUGUUGGUUCGCUUCAUCUUUUGUCCGCACAAGUUGGCGUUUUUUAAAAAGGUCAUGAACUGGAUCGAUUUCCUGGCGAUUGUGCCUUUUUACAUCAGCUUGGGUUAUCCAUCAGAAUCUGAUGUGGAGAUCCUUAACAUCAUUCGAUUAAUACGGAUUUUCCGUAUAUUCAAACUUUCACGGCAUUCGUCAGGGCUUCAAAUUCUUGGGCACACGUUGCGGGCAAGCGUGCGCGAGCUUCUUCUUCUAAUAUCAUUUCUCUUAAUUGGAGUGGUGUUGUUCGCUAGUUUGAUCUAUUACUGGGAGAAAGACGCUGAAAAUACAAAAUUCACUGACAUUCCUAACUGCUUUUGGUGGGCCGUUGUUACCAUGACAACUGUCGGAUACGGUGACAUGGCGCCCACUACCACAGUAGGCAAGUUUAUCGGCAGCAUAUGCGCAGUUUGCGGUGUGUUGACAAUUGCACUUCCGGUUCCUGUGAUUGUAAAUAACUUUUCACUGUACUACUCUCACGCGCAAGCGAGGCUCAAACUGCCCAAGAAGCGGAGAAGGCUUCUCGUGAACGCAUCGAAUGCUCUGAAAGCUUCAGCGGUGGUCGAGAACGGAAUGAGCGGGGAUUCUAAAGGAAGCUCCGAUAGUGGCUGCGGUGAAAAUAGCACUUCAAAUGGAGGGCGAAAAUGUAGCCUUCUCAUCACAGAUGAACUUAAUGAAAUUAAGCCACGGCGACCGGUUAGAAGAGAUAGCCAUCUGUUUAACAACAGUGCAGCGUCUUCAAACGGGGACGUACCUACCAAUCGGCCAACUUACGCCAUGCAGAAAAGGACCUCUAUGAGACCAACGGUACCUACACUACCGGAAAUUGAGUGAGCCUGAAGAGACUAAAGCUGGUACGUACAGUCCUUUACUGCUAAAUUCCCCUUAGAAUUGCUUAUCACUAAAGACCUUACUGGGUGGAUCUGGGGUAGGGCAGAUGGGUUCCUACCUCCCCGCUUCAAAUAUCAUCAGAUCAUAAAAGACAUAGACCUAGUUUUUUUGUUCAUUAACUCAGUUAAAGAACUUUUAAACUGCAGUUUACGGUAGCAAUAAAAAAAAAAAAGUUUUUAAUCACGAUCACGGGAUUAUUAAAUUGCCACAAAUGAGAUUUGAUUUACUAGAAAACAUUGGAACGGCGAGGAAGAGGAAAGGGGGAAUUUUCAACUUUAAGUCAAGUUCGGACCGUCCGAAACAGAUAAGUCCUGAAUGGGCCCUUGCUUUAGGCUCAGUCUAAAGUUUCGGGCGAGAGUUCAAGGAGCUAACACUGAUUUCAUUUGGUGAAAUACGUUUUAAAGCGUCAUGUUUCACUGGAAUAGUUACUCCAAAAUAUUUCCUUUAAUGAUUUAAUGUAAAUGGUAAAAAUCAUUAGAAUUUCAUCCCCAGACUCAAAAUGGAGAACCACCUUGCACUCAUGAUAAAUAGUACCACAGAAAAGUACCUCUCAAUAGCUUUCAUUUGAGUGGUCACACUUUAGGACCUAAUUUCUUGGUAUAAGAAGAUCACGAAAGCAGCGCGAUAGAUGCUGGCGUCCGCUUGGGCACAACCUAAUAUUUUUUUUAUGCCCAAUCAGAGACAAGCAUGUGAAUGAGAUGUGGAACUGGUUUUUGAGAGUAGCAUUCUUUCGUCUGUUCUUGAAAACUGUCGCCGCCAUUUUUCCCGACCCGACAGACCACCCCUGGGCCCGUCCUCGGGGAUGACGUUAGGAUUGUUUUCACAGACUCAAAAACUAGAACCACCUUGUACAGCAUAUCCAAAAAUACCACAAGAAAGUGCUGUUUGAAUAGAGCACCACACAGUUGCGGACUUCUUUUACACACUACAAAGUUAAAACAUGUAAAGGCAUGCAUUGAGUUGAAACUCAGCUAUAUGCUAGGUUAAGUGACUGGUUUCAUAAACUCCUGCAGCAUUCCCCUAACUAACUAACUAACUAACUAAUAUAUUUAUUACGUCAUAGGGUAUGGAAAGGCGCCCAUAGGCAACGUCUCAACUCCAGAGAACUUCACCAGCGUAUAACAACAUAAUCAGUCGCUAACCGAAGCUAUUCCUGACAGAACCGGUAGGGAGCGAAUACACUUCUAACAGAAUUCACGAAAAUCCGCGACAUUCAAAAGGAAGAAAGUCAGAGGAAAACUAUUUUUAAAUUUAAGGACAGACCAUAACUCGCUCACCAAAGCUAUUCCUGACAAAGACUGGGAGCGACUACACUACGAACAGAAUUGGGUUAACUCAACACCAGUUUAAAAGAAAGAAAACCAGAAGAGCUUAUUUUAAAUUUAUACUCAAACUAUUUAUUUUGAGAGAUUCCAAAUCGGAGGCCUUGUUUUCAUCGUUUUUCGCUGGCGAAAUAUGUUAAAAUCACUAUGUUAGGAGCCCAUAAAAUGGUGGGGCUUUGGUAAAUACAGUAAUAACAUUUUACAGUAAUCGAAGAUCUUUAUAUGUCUUCACUUAUAUCAGACAAGUCAUCGUGUGAAUAUUUAUUUAUUUAUUCACGUAUAUAUUUAUUUCCAGUUAUUUUGGGCAUAUGAUUUACUUUGUUUCAAAAAGAUCAGUGAUCUGAAAAUUUUUUCGAGAAACAAAGUUCAAAUUUAAAUAAUUAUGUGAAUCUCAUUAUAGUUUUGUAUUAAGCCGAUGGCAUGCAACAAUUUUUACUUGUUUGUGUCUAUGCCUCAGAAAGUUUCAAACGAUAUACAUAUAUCUAGCCCGGCGGGUUAUUGAAAACAUUCGUAUUGGAGCCAUUUGAAUAAAAAGAGGCCAGAAAGGCAUAUUACUGGUAUCCGAUAAGCCCCAAAAUCACGCUAAAGAAAGAAUAAAAGAGAAAAAAUAGAGCCGAAGCGAGGAAAAAGCAAGAUGGUGAAAAGAGAAAAGUAAUCAGAGGGUUGCAUUACAUAUUGUUUACUUUGGAGAAUAUUUUAACGCAAAAACUGCUUUACGGAAGGAGUCUAUUUUGGCAGUAACUUUUUCAAAUACUCCUGCUAGAUAACUCGGCAUUCACGGUAAAUAGUCUUCAGCGAUGUUUCUUUCUCUAUCAGUUAUGUUUUCCUUCUUUUUCUCUUCAUGAAUUGUUAACGAGUUUGAGAAUUUCAUUUCAAAGACGCUAUCACAAGUAGAUUUUGAUAUCAUUUACACUGUAAGUUAAAUGCUGUAUUUAAACUCAUGAUGUUUUAUGACAUUUAGAUGUAAUGUUUAGCACACGAGUAAAAGUGUUUUUGUAAAUAAGUAUUAGUCUUACUAACUGUCGUUUUAUUAAACGCCUCGGACGUUUAAUGUAGAGCGGUCCAAAUGUCAUACUUCUAAGGUUUUGAAUUAUUUUGGCGCUAAGAAAAUUGGCACUGAACGUAAGCAUCGUCUAGUAUAUCAGAUAUAGCGGUCUCUAUGAUCCAAGAUUAUUAACGUGUUUUAGUUUUCAUUUACUGGGAUGCGGAUUUGUCUCAAAGACAGGGAGAAAAAUGAAUUACAGCAAAUUUUGGCCAUCGUUCAUUACAAAGCUUAGAGAAUGGCAAUCAGAUCAAAUCUCAUAUCAGAGUGGUCUUUGUAAAUGGUACUGAUUUGAAAUAAGAACUUCGAGAAGGACUUUCAGUACUGCAGUUGGUGUUUAUCGUUCUGAUGAUAAAUUUAUUUUCGUGCAGGCAAUAUAGUCUAAGGUAUUUUGUUUAGUAAAUACGUUGAAUUAACAUUAAAGGAUUAAAAAGGAAUUUGUUUUCACCCG